GAGCAUUCAGUUCUCGAGAGCUGCGUGUUUCGGCCACCGUUUGUCACUCUUUGGCAUCCUGGAGGCUGAGAGCAUUCACAGCAGUAAUUCGAUUCCCGGGGAAUAUCAGUGAUAGCUGAACCGUACGGAAAACAAUCAAGCAAUAGUUAUCCCUUGCAGCAGAGUGAUCUUGCAACUAUUUCACCAGCGUACCAUCGGUUCCUUGCAAGAGGUACUAAAACAGCAAGCGCAAAUAAAAUGAAAUCAUCAAGAAAAUGAACUCGCUCUCGGUGUAUCGAAAGACACCAGCAUCGAACCGAAUCCCGCAUCCAACCAGCAGCUGUGGUUGACCAACUUCCACUGAUAAAGACAUCAGCAAAAAAAAAUGCGAAAAAUCACCGACAGCACCACCGCCAAAAGGAAAACGGUGAAAAGUUGAGCGUAAAUCGCGCGGAAAAAUAAAGUGAUGAAAAGUGGUCCGUCGGGUGCUGGCGGAGCUGGCGGCCGUGAUCCUGCUCCAACGUAAAUGAGUACAUAUUUAUAGGAAAGCAGUGCAAAAAUCGUCACGCCCUGAUGGAUAAUUAUAAUUGAAACCGCUGCCUGGUCCAAAUCCGGUGACGAUAAGCUUGAGCUUUUGGUGGUUGUACGGCGAAAAGUUGCCACCGUUGUGUUAGUGUGUUUGUAUGUGUCUUGAUGUGUUGGUGUGUUUUUGAGUGUUGCCAGUGUUGCCACAAGUGAGCAAGUUGUGCUGCCCGUGACGCACCCGGAAGCGUUCCAGGCGAGGGUUCGCGCUUUUGGCGCGCUUCCAGCCGUGAAGCUCCGAGCUCCGAAUUGCCAUAAAUUAAAAGCAUCCCUAAUCUCAAGCACUUCCCCAGCGUCGUGGGAAGUGGCCGUGCUCGGUUUUUGUGCAAGUGCGUGUGACAUUAUUACCAGCAGCAGGAGAAGAAGCAGCAGCAGCAACAGCUCGUAGCAUCGUUUCCUGUCGCAACGAAACGCAUCGGAACCUGCCGCAAUGACGGAAGCGGACAACUACGAUGACGAGCUCGUCUCGGCCAACCCGAAUCAGCGGAACUGGCGAGGGAUCCUGAUUGCCCUGCUCGUUAUCAUCGUGGUACUGGCGCUGAUCGUGACAUCCGUGGUACUGCUGACACCCCCGGACGAGGGUCCACGUGUGAAGGGCCAACGGAUACGAUUGCAGGACAUCAUAGAUGGCGAGUACGCACCGAAGAAACUGAACGGCAGCUGGAUUGGACCCGAUGAAUUCCUCUACCAAAACCACUGGGGGGAAAUAAGUUUGCUCAACAUGAAUAAUCUCUCGGAACGGGUCCUGAUGUCUAACACGACAAUGAAAACACUUGCUCCCGUGAAGUUCUCCAUCUCGGCCGAUCGGAGGUACUUAUUGCUAGCACAGAACGUCAAGAAGCUGUUUCGACACUCGUUCUUGGCGCAGUACUCCGUGUACGACAUAACUACCAGCGAAACGAUUCCGCUGACGAUCACUUCGCAGAGUGAUGAGUGGCCGUACCUGCUGCACGCCGAGUUCACACCCAAGGGACAAGCCAUCGUGCUGGUGUUCGAGUACGAUAUCUACUACCGACCAUCGGCCCGAGCACUGCAGGCCUACCGGCUGACGAAAACCGCCAUACCGGGCAUCGUAUACAAUGGUGUGCCCGAUUGGUUGUAUGAAGAGGAAAUCCUGCACACCAACAAAGCAAUCUGGCUGUCGACCGAUGGCCACCUGAUGCUGUACACCACCUUCAACGAUACGCUCGUGCAGGAGCAACAGUUUGCCUGGUACGGCACGGCCAACGGUGACAUCAAUCUCUACCCCCAGAUCCGCUCCCUACGAUAUCCCAAACCGGGCACUGGCAACCCUACGGUCACACUGAACGUUGCCGAUCUGACCGACCCGAAAAGCAUUCGCAUGAACAAGCUUACUCCACCACCAAUCCUACUCAAUCAAGAGCAUUACUUCACCAGCGCGUCCUGGGUGUCACCGUCGGAGGUCAGCGUGGUUUGGAUGAACCGGCCCCAGAACCUGUCGGUUGUGACACUGUGCAAAAGCCCGAUGUGGUACUGUCAGGAGACACACCGGAUUAGUGGCGAUGGACGUGGCUGGGUCGACGAGAUGUCGGUGCCGUUCUUCAGCCUUAAUGGCAGCUCGUACAUUGCCAUCUCGCCGUUGCGCGAUGGUUCCGCAGGACACUUCCGACACCUGGUACACGUGCACAUCGGCAAAAAGCGCAUCAUACCAUUGACUCAUGGCCGGUUCGAGGUUAAUAAAAUUCUCCACUGGGAUCAGGCGAAUAAUUUCGUCUACUACCUCGGCAUCCCGGAGCACUCGCCGGCCCAGCAGCAUCUGUACCGAGCGUCCUCACUGCCACCAAAGCAAGGCACCUCGCCUAGACCGCCGCGUUGUCUCACCUGUAGCCAUCAGCACAGUUCGCAUGCGCACGUCACGAUCAAGGCGUCGAACCGUGUGCAGCAACAGUGGAACGACGAUUGGGAAGAUAUCGAGGACGAGGAGGAAGAGUACGUUGAGGUACCGAUGACAACGCCACCCUCGAAACGGAAGCGAAAACCUUCCGAACCGGACGUGGUCGCACCACUGCCACCGAUGCCCUGUCAGUACUUUACCGCCAUCUUUGCGCCUAGUAACAGCGAGUACGCACUGAUCGAGUGUCUUGGUCCGAUUGUGCCGUUCAGUGCAAUCUAUCGUAUCGUGCCGGACGUGAGCAAAAGUCCCACGCAGGUCCUGUACUACCUGCAAAACAAUACGGCACUGGCCGAUCGGAUCAGCAAGAUAGCGCUGCCACAGGUAAAGUCCUUCCCGGUGAUGAUUUCGGGCGGGUAUCAUGCACAGGUGCGGCUGUUUUUGCCGCCCGGACUGCGGGAGGAUGAGAUCACGCGUUAUCCCAUGAUCGUGCACGUAUACUCGGGACCGGGCACGCAACUAGUGACGGACAAGUGGCGUGUCGAUUGGAACACUUAUCUGGCCGGUACGAAGGAUUACAUCGUGACGCAAAUCGAUGGGCGAGGAUCGAGUGGCCAGGGCUAUCAGCUGCUGCACGAGGUCUACCGAAGGCUCGGUACGGUCGAGGUGUCCGAUCAGCUCGAGGUGGCCGAAUAUCUGCGUGACAGUUUGCACUUUGUCGAUAAGCGACGCGUUGGUAUCUGGGGCUGGAGUUACGGUGGUUAUACGGCGGCUCUUGCUAUGGCCAGUCCAACCAGCUUGUUCCAGUGUGGCAUCAGUGUUGCUCCCGUCACUAACUGGAAGCUUUACGAUUCAACGUACACCGAGCGCUACAUGGGCAUGCCGAACGUAACAGACAACUACAAGGGCUACGAAGACAGCGAUCUGUCGAAGCACGCCGAAAAACUGCGGGACAAGCAGUUCCUCAUGGUUCACGGUACGGCGGACGAUAAUGUGCACUUCCAGCAGAGCAUGGUCUUUUCGAAGGCGCUCUCGAGCAAGGGCGCCCUGUUCAAGCAGCUGAUAUAUCCCGACGAGGGCCACAAUCUGGCCGGCGUGAAGAAGCACCUCUACCGGUCGAUGACGCUCUUCCUCGAGGACUGUUUCCGGAAGCUGGUGCCGUUGGACGUAAAGCCGGGCCUGGGAAACGGUGGUUCCAGUGAUUAAUAUUUGCUUGAUUACUUCGGUGCUACUGAUUCAGCUUCAAGUUUCAUGUAAAAGUUUCUCACUCUUCUCUAGCAAAACCGAUUCCUUUCUACACUGUCUAACUGGCGCAAAGUCGGAGCCUACCGGAACCUACGAAGUGAAGCCAACAUCAGGAAAAGAAAACACGUGUGCGAAAAGGGUAUUCAACAUUCAUGGCCACAAUUCACUCUUGCAUGGUGGAUACCGUUCUUGGACAAGUAUUUUUAUUUUGAUGCUUUGUUGAAACAUGGUUCUUGGCCCUCUCUCUCUCUCUCUGCAACAUUUUACCAUCUUGAUCUGCCGAGAUCAAUCUGCAGAAACCAUCAACAUCCUCAUCAUCAUCAGCAGGAUGUGGUACCGCCAUGGUGCCCGGGAAGGAAAAGCUUACAGAACACACGUUCCAAGCGUAGGGGGGAAAAAAACAAACACACGGUGGGCCAGUGAAAGAGUGUACGAAAGGAGUCGAAAUAACAAAUAGGAAACAAUACGUUACACACAAACUUGUAGUUGAGCCAAUUUCUGCGUAGUAUCUGAAGUAGGAUUUCUUCACAUUCACGCGUGAACUAACGCACGCGUUCGCUCUCCGUCUCUGUCUCACUGUCGGCAGCCGAUAGCGAGAUAGCGAAGUAGAGGGGAAUAGAAACACAGGACAGCGGAUGCUCAUGGGGUGUUGUUUGGUCUGGCGUGGCGCACAAAACAUCCUUUGCCAUGCCCGUGUGUCAAAAUUCAGCCCAUUCACUUCAGUGAGCAAAUACACUGCAUCAUUAAAAACCAUGCUCGUGACGGUACGGUACCCAUCCAGCACACGGACGCACACGAGCGUCACCAGCGUCACAGACGGGUACGCAAACAGUAACACACGUGGCUGUAGAAUAGAAUGAUCUGAAGGCACAUAUUUGCGCGACUUUGCUCCCGCAGUCGGCAGGUCGGCACGUUUUUGCGCUUCAGCAGUUCGCGAUGGAGAGAGUGUGAAUAUGGAGUGAACGGCUUUAAUUGCCAUUCCCUAGCUCACUACUUCUUCUGCUCGCUUGUAUCUCUGGGGCGUAGGGCGUGAAUUAGUAGUUUGAAACAAUGAAACAAACUGCAAAUAAAAUAAUGGGCAAAAAAAAGCAGCGAACUCCACAGAAACGACAGACCGAGCAAAGACAGAGAAAAAAUAUAUAUACCAUGGUUGUGACAAACUUAAGCGAUUCAUACAGAGAACGGGCGAAUUGCGAUCGAUCGAAUCCAGAUAAUCCGUUUUUGCCAGAUAGUGAGAGCACUACUCCACAUGAGUCACGUGGAUGCUUGGAGUCCAUACACAAGCGAUCAACUCUCUGGUCUCCAUUUUUAUGGCUUGGCUUUGGCAAAAAGGGAACUCUGCGAAAAUUAAAAGAGUGCACUAGCCCCUCGCAAACCGAAAUCGCGGCCAAUCGAUCCGUUCUGCCCUGUUACUCCCUCCCCCACAAUUCCCUGUCUCUCUAUCUCCCUUACACUCACUCUUUUUCCUUCUAUUUCCUCGCUAACGAAAACAAACCUGUACAUAUACCGAAACGAACGUGUGAUAGUGCGACCAACGCGUGGCCCCAGCGAUGCGGUCUAAGAGGAGAGAAAACCCGUGAGAAAGCUAAGGUAAAUGACGCGUGCAAUAACAAUUAUUAAUACAGUAACGAUGGUAGCCCAAUUUCCAACCCCACCACGAGAUGGCGUCUUUGGUGGGAAGCCGGGAGGGACAGGAGCAUAAGACCGAAGUGAUGUAGUUAUAGCGAGUGUGGUGUUGUUGUGUAAAUUUAUCUAGACGAGAUAACAAGAAAAAAAUCCCGAUUCUUAUGCAGCCAUUUCCAUGAGUGUGUGGAUGCGGGCAGUAAGAUACGCCAGUCCACCCUCCACUCACCAGGUCAUUUCAUUUUCGUUACUAUCUAUACAUAAUUGCGGUUUUUCUUUUCAUGAUUAAAUAUACAUUUUCCCAUUCAAGCUCAGCAUUCAAAGCAAUAACGUUAGAACCAAAAAGAAGCCAUAUCAAGCUAACCUGGGCACUGUUGUUAUACCGCUCAACUCACUAACACUGUAAAUUGUUAUUUCUACCGCAAGCUGACAACGUUACUCUUCGUUCUAUCCAUGCUUUACGAAUCAUUCGCAUUAACGUCACGUGGAGCAACAAAAAAAAGCAUAAAACUCUCCUGGUGAACUAAUCACACUCAUCUAUCUAAACCCCUACAGCGCUCCCUGUAGAAUUAUUCGGUUAGGACACCCGAAAUUGUCUCCCUUUUUUGUUUUUUGGUCGGUUUCUCGAUGUUUUGCACAUUACCAUUUCUGUCUCCUGGCCCCGAAUGGAAAGGGUUUACCCCUUUCGUAAGGAACGGCCGACGUUGUGGAGCGUUGUUUUAAAUUUAAUUAACACCCCGAUGGUAUCAUCCCGAAAAACCACCACCGAUGGUCACAGCUCAACGUCCUCAAGGGGUUGGCCUCCGUCGGUUCGUUGCGAAUUCUAGCCUAUUCUACGGACACUCGACAACCAUCUGUUGAAAAAAGGACAUUUUCAAGGACACUUAUGCAUGGCCUGUGGUUUCCACGGUGAAAGCGAGAUCCAAUUUUCUCCCAUCCAGACAGAGAGAGGGAGAGAGAAAGAGAUCUACACGCACACCCACAAUACGCCCUCGGAGGCAGAGAGUUCGAAGGACACAGAUUUCAUGGGUGUUAAAUUAAUUUACGAUUAUGAUUCCGCUCGAUUUCAUACGAUUCCACCGAACCACACCAGCCCAUCGGCUGUGGUACAAUUGGCAAUUUCUCGUACCGAACCGGUGGUAUGACUUCCGGAGGCGCUCUUACCGUUACGAUAGCUUCUACCAAUCGAACAUGGGGUAGAUUAAAGCUUAAAGCUCUACUGUCGUACAUGUCGAGUUAGAUUGUGUUUUUGCUCGUUUUUUUCCACAUCUCGGGCGGAUUAUUUGAAUUUAUGCGAACGCUGUUGAACGUUGUUGUAGCGUUAUUGUAGAACGGCUCGACCUACCGCCACUACCACCGCACAUUAUAGGGCGUGUGACAGGGUGGGUGAGUCCUUGUUUUCUGGCACGACUGAUGGUGUGCUUCAUGUGACCGUGACGCACUUUUAAAAUUGCUCUAGCAGGGUUGAGGUAAAUCUUGAUCGACCGCAACCAGCAGAUGGUAGGGGGUUUGCCAAAAUUAAAUUCUCAUCUGUUUCAUGAUAACACAAAUUGUGAGGACUUUCAUGAUUUCUACCGAAGUUCUUCCCUUUAAAAUAAAUAAACACUUUCAAGUCCUGUGUAAAAUAUUUUGCUCUCGAAGGAAGUUUACUAUGCAAACUACAGGACUCGCGUUGACGAGUGAAUGUACUAAAUUAUUUAAUAUUACCUUACCGGAAAGGUAAACUGUGAUGUGCCUCAAAUCCAAAAACCCGCCAUCGGCCCUUCGGUAUGCAUAACGAUACAGUUUUACGACUCCACCAUAAACCGUGAUGGGACCGUGGUCCCAUCGCCAAAGACGGAUCGUCAAAUCCCGAUGCGAGUUUUGAUGCUUUAUUAUUUACCAUGCCAAGCCUCCUGGAAAAAAGGAGGAAACAUCCGGGACGAUCGUACACUUCAAUGGAAAAUGUGAGAUGAAAAAUCCAAACACUGCAUAUGAGCGUACACGUCAAAGAAACAAUACUACCGGAGCAUAAAAACCUACCUACCGGGUGUUUUUCUCCCAAAUUACAAAGCCUCUAGCAGCUCCACUGCGAGGGAGAACCACGAAAGGAUGUGAUGUGAAAUUUAAGCGCCACCAGGCGUCUCCAUUUUUUGCGUCGUGAUUUGGUUGGCGGGUGUUUUUUGUUGGCCCCCCCGUCACUGAUUUUUACGAAAGGAAAACACACCAAUGAGAGUGUACAGAAUGAUGCGUAGAAAUCAUUACCCCGCUAUCCCUGCUAUCGCAAGGGAUGAGUGGUACCUUUUCACCUUCAUGCAUACAUUCCAUUAGCCCCGCUAGACAGUGCUUGUAUAACGCUGGCGUAACAUUCUGCCGACAUAUCGACCGAAAAGGUUCCAUGUGUUCUGUGCUUUGGCAAGGAGCUGUGCUAUCAUUGUACACUUCCAAGGAAACAAUUUUGACCAACUAACAUUAAUCACGCGGUGGCAUUUGCCAGUAAAACGGAAGCCAAUCAUAACGAUCCGUUCCGUGAGCCGGCGUCUGUUACGCAAAUAAAUGGACACCAAUACGUCGCUGGACUGUUUUUUUUUUUCAUCAACUUCUUGAAAGGGUUACAUGCGAAUAAAAGGCUUUUCCGAAUCAUGCUUACUAAUACUGUUCUCGGCACGAAAUUCAUUGUUUCCUAUCUAAACAGUUGAGCAGUUGCUGUUACGAACGAUCGCCCUCUAAUACCUUUUCGCAUUUGAUAUGCUCACAUAACGCACUGUUAUGGUAGAUUAAUCAUCCGAUCAAAUCGAAACAGUUGUUACGAGAAAAGUUAUUCCUUUCGUGCUGUUGUUUGGUUUGCUCCAAUCGCUCCACUAAUCCAUUCACGGUAAAACGGUGUUGAUGAGUUGUUUUAACGACAUCAUUUGAGCUACCCACAACAUUAUCCCCAUCCCCAGCUGCCUCAUUCUCGGUUCCCGGAGACGGUGCUGUUCCACACUCAAUCAUAUCAGUGAUACCAGUAGACACCUUUCCCGCUCGAUAGGUUCGGUAGGCAAUCAAAAGCAUAGCAAUUAUCACACUGUGGUGGUGGUGGUGUAGCAAAUAAUCUGCCGGUAAUAUAAUGCUGCUAAAAGAGUAUAAACUACACACAUGUCACAUUAAUCACAAGAGAAUACGUUACACAAGAUCUACCCUUAAACCCAGAAGGAAGUUUGUAAAAACAAAACAAGAAAACUCGUCCAAAGCUUCUUAAACCUUUCGACUAAUUCUAUCCGCUCUGUUUCCCUGCUGAUAAAAGAUAAGUAGAUACCAAUCGCUUUCGAAACAUUCUUCAAAUUUCAUUUAAUCUACAACACUCCUUCAACUGUUACUCGAACUCCCGACUACCUUACUUUAGCUCGUUUUUCCACUUCUACGCUUAACGUGAUAGAGAGUUUGGAAAUCUAAAAACCAUAAGUAUAGCAACUAAACUGAAAAAAACCGAUAAUACAAUAAUGAUAAGCACCGACAGUAGCAUUUAAGCGAUCUCCUCCAUUUAUGACCUUAAAACCCACAUCCGCAUUAACCGGAUGAUAAACCGGAGUGUAGUGUAGCGAAUAGGAAGAUAAUAAAUUAAGGGUCCAAAACAAAGCAAAACAAAAAACAAACACAUUGUUGAAAAUAAGAAACAAGAGUUUAAAACUUAUAUAGCAUAUGGUGGGCCGUGGGCGAGCAAAGUGUUGGAAUGGAAGGGCAAAACCCGCAUUACCCAAACAAACUAUUUACUAACUUAGGCUGCGUAAAAGGUAGCUCGUAAGUUGCAUGUACAUUUAGCAAAGCAAACGCUCGAGUUUAUUCAAGUAGUUCAAGUUCAAGUAUUUGAUGUUUUGAACCAGCCGCAUGGGCGCAGUGCGCUCAACUUUAACGGGGUGGUCCCUAGUGUCCAUACUAAGUGUAUGUGUGUGCGUGUGUGUUUUUGGUGUGCGUGGUAGUGUAUUCGUUCAGUAGCAGCCUUCGAUGUUCUUGUUCGCGUUUCUUGCAUCCAUUCGUUUGAGUCACACACUCGAAGCAAAGCCAAAUGAGUGAAAACUGAAUGGUUAUAGUGUAUAUAAGCAAAGAACUUUCCUCGCAAAUAGGCAAAUAGUCUAGUUUCGUCCUGGUAGGACAACUGUUGCAAAGUAUCACUAAUGGAAGUUACUGCUAAACACGAUAAGCCAAUCGAAACGGUUGGCUUUUUGAAUUUGAUUUGAAAUUCUGUUUGUACUACAUUGAAUUCAACUUGAUCUUACCCUUCGGUUAACACUACUAGAUCUAGUUGAGAUAUUUCUAAAAAAACUAUUAAUCCUUGUUAAUAUGCGCCAUUUUCAUUUUUGCACAUCCCUAACGCGUGCGCUGCUUCUGUACAAAGAAUGAACCAAAGCUGGCGUGUGCGUUCCGACGCAUAAUGUUUUAUGGAUUGAUUUUCCUUUUUUAAAACGAUCAAACGAUUGAUGAAAGAAAGGGUCCGAGCAAAACAAGGUUUGGCGCCCCGUUUAUCAUCAGCGUGCAACAGAACAAUUCUAAACCGGAGAAAAUAUCAAUGAACAAAACCAAAGAGAUCGUAACCUGGGCCUGGACGCCUCAGCGGGGCAUUACAAGACCGAAUGUGUGUUUGUUGAAACGAAACGGGCACUGCACUCGAAUGUGCAGCAUGCAUCGUUGAUUGCCGACCGCCUGCAAACAACUCUGGCUCCACCAAUUGCAUCCAACAUUGCAUGGGAGGAGCUCACAAACACCGGGACAGUUGCGUCCAACUCAUCGAAGUUGAAUGCAAGCCAUUGGAGCAAAUGCAUUUCCACGGUUCGGUGGAAAAUAGACUUUAGGGGUAAGGAAUGCUGGUAUUUAUUGGUUCUAAACUGUUAAAAAGAAAACAAUAUUUAAAACUAACCAGUAAACGUGUGUUUGUGUGUGUGUGAAAACUAUUAACCAAAUGCAAUUCCAAGCUCUGUGCUACUGUUGUUCCCCAGCGUAUCGUAGCGAAUCGGGACGAGAACGCUACACCCUUCGUCCUUCCAACCCGGCGUAUUCGUGAUAAUAUGGAGAUGAAUAAAGCAAAACAAAACAAGAAACAAAUCACUCUAGCAAUAAUGUGGAUCGUCCAUUCCUGGGAAGAGGAAGGUCCUAGACUUUCGUACCGUUUGCCUUUUAAAUUACGCUCUUCUAACUGAAAGAGAAACCGAAUAAAUAAAAACACACACACACAACAAUGAGGCCCCAAGGCAAGAGCGGCGAGCACGAGACACACUUUACUCAACCACCGUAAGAAAAGCAAAACAGUGUAACAGAGUAUAAAGUAAGUGAAUCUAUCAAAAAGCGAGGGAAGGCAACACUAUUAACAACACUAUUAUGUACAAAAUAUUUAACAUAAAGCCCCCGUACACGCACGCGUUUGACACGUGUGCACGUGUAAUGGCGGUUUACCACACCACAUACAAAAAAAAGUCACAAGCAUAUGUAGCGAACGUAGCGGGAACAUAUUGUUCCCUUUUGCAACAGCAUAGUCUCCUCCAGUGUCCACGGUGCAGGAGGACAUUUGGAAGAGAAAAGAAAACAACUCUACCGUUCCGUAGGAAAGUGACCCGUUUGCGCGAGCGCACGUAUCUAAGCCACGUUAUACAAUCUACUAUCCACUAUCGUUUACGUUUCGAAUUUCGAAUUUAACCGUUUCAAAGAUGCAAUAACUUACCGUUAAAGGGCGGCUGCAGCGUGUGGUGAACGGCCAAGUGUUCGUACUCAUAUCAGCGUAGCUCGUCGUUCCCUGUACCCACCAGCUGCAGUCGGUUCUAAGUAGAUAAAACUUAUGAAUUGUAGCAACCCCUUCCCCCAAUUUCGAACCUCGAACGCUCAAAACUGAGGACCACCGUUUUACAGUCCAGGUGGAAGAUAGUACGUCCUGUAAAUAGAGCAAGCGAAGCUCCUUACAUACAACAACCCUGGCUAAAGGCGUAGAAGCGUUCCACGUAAGUCUCUAUUUAACGAACAAACACAAUUAAAAACAAACAAGGAAACAAAAAUUAUUAGCAAACGUAGUGAGCUGACAAGCAAAGCAACACAAAAUACGAAAGAGAAACAUGUCAACAAAGUGUUAAAAGAAAAGAGCAAAGUAACAUAACAAAAACAAAACCAAACUUAGUAUAUACAUUUUACCUUCGGUUUCGUUUUACGCAAAGCAGGACGUGAUGUAUUGGGAAGGGUGUAAUAAUAACAGGAAGGUGGAAAUCGAAUAAGCAAAACUAUACCAAAAACACAAAUGAACAACACAGAAUCAAACUCUAAUAAAAAAAAAAAAAACAAUGGCAAACAAAUUACUCCAACCGAACCGAAAUGGUUUAAUAUUUACAACAAAACAAACAAGCAAGUCCCUCUUUCAUCUCAGAUAGCCUGAACUGUUAAAUACACACAGACACAGAAGAGAAGCUAGUAAUAUGUAAGAUAUUAUGUAUCACUAACUGCGUAACAAUAAGAACGCAAUGGACGUGCGGACGAGAAUGGUCGAAAGCAGGGCAAUGACAUCAGGCAAAUGAGCGAAACAAAACAGAACAAGAACAGAACAACUGGAUACUAAUUGCGCGAGUUCAAUAAAGAAAGAUAUUUUAAAUUCAUGACAAA